AUGCAUAAAUCACCACUCGAUAAUCCAUCCUCAACAGGCUCGGCUUCGAGGCAAGAAAGUCAAAGGAGGCCAAUCAUUAGUGGUCCUCAAACGAAUGUCCAUCAGCCUGUGGGAAUGCAACAAACGAAUGUACCAAUUCAGGCAAUACGCCCAAACAUACAACAGGCUUCUAACUCCCAACAAAAUACUUUACAGCAGGGAAGUCUUAGCUUUUCUCAAAGCCCAGACCCAAUAUCUCCGUUAAUACCCAACCAUGGAUUGGUUUAUAAUGCACAUGUACCCAGUCCCAAUAUUCCACCCAGAAUAUCACAAAUGACACGUCAUUCAUCUAGUCCACUUAUGAAACAUGCUCAACAACCUCAAGCGAUUAUGCCAAAUUCUGGAAACAUGCCAAUGCAAAAUGUAUCAAGUCAUCCGAUCGGUUUAACAUCUUCUUCCAGAGGUCCUCAAAGUGGACAGCCAGGGGUAAUGCAUCAAGCAGCUACUACUCCUCAAGUAGUUCCUUUAAUGAACCCACCACCAAUAUAUGCUCUUGAAACGGUAACUUACAGACCUUUAGUUAACACGUCUCCCACUUCAGUCGCUAGAUCUCUUAUAGGAAUGAAUAUUAAUACACAACAAAAUUUUGAAAGUAAUACAAAUGCACCGUCUAUUCAACAUAAUUUUAAUACUCCGCUACUUCAUAAUUCUCAACAAAAUUCAUUGAUGCUACCAUCAACUCGUAUGACAACUUCUACCGUACCAACCGAUUUACCAUCCAAUUCAAAUCGACAGACUCGUUCUUUACAAAUGUCCUUACCAAUUUCCAUGCAAGAUACUGGUCCGCAAUCAAGACAACCAGUAUUAUCUACUACUGUCUCUUCAGGAUCAACCCCACAAACAAUAUCAUCAACUAUCCCUCAUUUAUCAAUGCAACGUGAACGAUCACAUCAAGGUACUCCUUCGAAACAAAUGUCGCACACACAUAUACUUCCAGCUGAGCCUCCUCGUAAUAUAAACGAAACUAAUUCGACACAUGUGCAAACUUCACCUCUUAGUCAACCAACUUCUCAUUUAUCAAAUCGUAAUAAUUCACGACCUGUUGUCUCUGAUAGUCUUCCAAUUUUGCAGCCUGUUCAUCAACAGACUCCUACCCAUCGCAAUGUUACGAUAUCACCAUCUAUGCAACAUGUUUCUUCACAUUCUUCACAUUCUUCACAACAACGCAAACCGAAUACACAAACAAUUACACAAAAUUCCGCGAAAACAUCAUCUACAAACUCUAAAAGUUCAUAUCCGACUUCUAGAACUUCUCAUCAUAAACAAUCUCACAAAACAACCAUGAAAUAUACUCAACAGGAAGCUACAUAUCAAGAAAACAUGGAAGCUGCUGAUGCUGCGAGAGUUCUUGUCAUGUCAUCAAGGCAAAGAGCAGAUCAACAACGACCUAUGAAUUCAGAAUAUAAUGUUCAUAACAUGUCACGUUUUUCAGAAUUAACUUUAGGGACUAGUUCUAUUAAUAAUGUCGAAAGUAGUCCACGUUCUAGUAGAUAUACAGGUUCUGUUAUAAUGGACUAUUCCAUUUCAACUAGUCUAAAUGACGACUUCAUAACAAAUGAUCACGAAAUUGGUCUGACGCCACAUAAUAGAGGACAUAAAAUGAAAAAUAGAGCUAAUGCUUUAGAUAGUGGUGUUAAAUUACGUGCUCCAUACGGUUAUCAAGAAGAUUUAGAAUACAUUGAUAUACCUAAUGGUUCAAGACGUCCAAUUAUUUAUCAUGUAUCAACAGAUGCUGAACAAGCCACGGAGUUUGAUGGUGAUUUGUUAGAUAGUCCAUAUAAAGAUAUUAAUGUUAAGGAAAUUCUUGAUCCGCUAAAAAAGCCAGAAGAUGCAGUAAUAAAACUGCAUUACAAACAUAUCUUUAAAAGCAAUCAUCUUAAUUCACUGACAAGAGUAUUGUGUGAAAAGAUUGAGAAAGAGAAAAUAUUUAACAUGAAAUUAAGUAGACUGAUGUAUGUGCUACAAGGUGAUGAUGUUAUGCACCAAGAUUUGGAUUUCCGACUUAAUCCACCUCCGGAAACUGUCAGUACACGUGGUGUUAAGGCAGAAGAGGUUGAAGGUGGAUUAGGUUUUGGAGUUUUAAACGUGGGUUUACAAGGGAGUGAUAGGAGCAGAGGUAAACUUGCUCAAGAGACGAAGGAUCCAGGAUUAGAAAUAAUGAUACAAGUUCGUAACGAAUUAACGUCUUUGCUUGUGGUUAGUAAUGAGAUAUUGAGGCGCUAUCAAGAAACAUGGGAAGGACUAAGAAAGGCAAUUCGGCGUAGGGAUGAAGUAUACUGUAAGCUGCGUGAAAUUGACGCAUUACGUCAGAAAGAAGGUCAAUAA